AUGACUCGUAUUUCUGUUUGCGGUUCACUCAACUACGAUUUAGUGACCUUUACCGGGCGGGUUCCCGAAGCUGGCGAGACGAUCAGUGCUGGAAGAUUUGAAACUCACGCCGGAGGCAAAGGACUGAAUCAAACGGUAGCCAUUCGAAGAUUAUUGGAUGACGCAGAUGCAGCUCAAGUAGAAAUAAUAGGACAUGUGGGUAAUGACGCUUUUGGAGCCCAAUUGAAAGAUCUUUUGACAUCCAACGGCAUUGACACUGAUAAAGUUCGGGUUUUAGAAGAUGGGACCAGCACCGGAGUAGCAACAAUACUGGUGGAACAGAAUACGGGUCAAAACCGAAUUCUAAUAUCGGAAGGAGCUAAUGGUCGCACUAAGUUUUCCAACGCGGAGCUAGAAGAAUUAUUUCCACGUCUGCCGGAAUCCAGCGGGAGCAGUUUCGUAGUAUUCCAAAACGAGAUCCCCGGAACCAUUGAAAUAAUGCAUUGGUUGGCUCAAAAUAGGUCCUCUUUAAAAAUCGCCUACAAUCCGUCUCCCUAUAAAGAAAUUUCCAGAUCAGAUUGGGCCCUCGUGGAUCUUCUGGUAGUCAAUGAAAUAGAAGCAUUCCAAGUGCUGCGAUCGACGCUUUCUGAAAAAGAAGUUACCGAUCUUCAAAAGGCAACACAAGAGGACCUCGUUAGUGGAUACAAGCAAGUAGCCACGCAGCUUCGUGUCCUGCUGAGUAUAGAAAACUCGAUGGGUGCCGUUGUUGUUACGUUAGGCGAAAAAGGAUGUGUAUUCUGCUCCGGCGAGUCACCCGAAACGCAAUAUAUACCUGCAUGCAGUGUUCCACAGGUUAUUGAUACAACAGGUGCCGGAGACACAUUCUUGGGUGGAGUCGUUUCGCAACUUUGUACACAACACACCUUGUCUGAAGCUGUGCUCUUUGCAACAAGAGCCAGUUCUCUCAGCAUUCAACGGUCGGGCGCUGCAGAAAGCAUCCCAUUGCAUGAAGAGGUAAGCAAACUGUAUCUAUAA